AUGCACAGCGUCCAUCGCCAGUUCGGCAAGCUGGGUAAGAGAAGUGCAGACGAGCAGACAGUCUCGCAUCUCCUCAAGGACUUUGAGGAGGCCGAUAAGCUCCUGACGAAGAUUAUUGAGGCCUCAAAAGCAUGGCGUGAAUCUUGGGUUUCGAUCUUGACCCACCAACAUCGCAUCGUCGAUGAAUACAGUCUCCUCUAUGCUCCCAUUGUGGGUGCCGGCGACGACUACCAUGGCCACGAUCCUGUUCAGACCCCCGACCACUUAAUGCAUCGAACGUCCAGAAUGAAACAGGAGUACGAGGACUUGAAAAGAGAUCUGAGCGUGGAUCUGGUCCAAGUCGAAGAGAGACUCGUCAAGCCGGCACAGAAUGCUAAGGAUAGCCUCCAUUACAUGCGGAAGACAAUCAAGAAGCGAGAGGACCGAAAGCUCGACUUUGAGAGAUACCAGAACAGAGUCGACUCGCUACUGAAGAAGACAAAGCGGUCGGAAAGAGACGAUGCCGCUCUGACAAAGUCUCAAUCGGAGCUGGAUGCCGCUACCGAGGCAUACCAUGCCGCCGACGACAACCUGAGGAACUGUCUACCCCGUGUGCUGACUUCGGUCUUCUCGCUCUUGCCUCACUUCUUGGCCGCUCAGGUCCAGAUCCAGAACGACUUGCUGGGCCACUACUACACCAUGCUGCACACUUAUUGCACCGAAGAAGGCUUUCCUUCUCCAGCUCCACCCAUGGACGAAGUAAUCCGAAUGUGGACAGAUGCCUUCAAACCCGUCCAACGCGAGGCUGAGUCACUAGCUAUUCUCGCUAAUGGGAAAGCAACGAGGGCUUCCAUGGAGAACGGCUCCAACGGCCGCCAUCCAGCCAAUGGCAAUCGCCGUCCAAGCGCAUCGGCGUUCAACACGCAUCGCCAACAGUCUGUCUCACCAGCCAGGAACCUCCCUCCAUCGCCAUCCCAGGACGCCAAGUCAAAGAUGUCGGUGUCGCCCGCCGCCUCGACCGUCCUCAGCCCAAUGACCCCGUCGGAAACAACUGCGAGUCCGUCCCCAUCACUGUCCCUCUACCACACCCCCGUGUCUUUUUCGCCGGCCGGGCCGAACACAGACUAUUUCUCUCGUGAUCGACAGCCAUCUGCCGCGUCGAAUGUGUCCAUGGCAUCAAUUGCUCAGAAGAAGCGACCCCCGCCACCGCCCCCACCGCGAUUACCCUCACAGCAAACGAUUUAUGUUACAGCAUUAUACGACUUCAAUGGCCAAAGUGAAGGAGAUCUUGCAUUUCGAGAGGGCGAUCGGAUCCGUGUUCUAAAAAAGACCGAGAGCACCGACGAUUGGUGGCAAGGAGAGCUCAGGGGCUUGCAAGGGCCGUUUCCCGCCAACUAUGUUCAGUGA